CAAUAGCGCUUAGCUGCCAUGAAGACUGUUUUCGUUACCGUAGGAACCACGAGGUUCGAUGAACUGAUUGAGAGUGUGGCAUCUGAAGAAACCGUUCGGGUGCUGUCAGAUCUCGGUUACCAAAAGCUGGUCCUCCAGGUGGGCCGCGGUUCGGUGCUCCCUGAUCCAGACAGCUGUGCGGGGUUGGUGGUUGAUGCCUUCCGAUUCAAAGAUUCCAUCGCAGAGGACAUUCGAGACGCCGAUCUGGUCAUCAGCCACGCAGGGGCCGGUAGUUGUUUAGAAGCUCUGGGGGCGAGACGGCCCCUGCUUGUGGUAGUCAAUGACCGAUUGAUGGACAAUCACCAGCUGGAGCUUGCUAAACAGCUGCAUGCAGACUCUCAUCUCUUGUACUGCACUUGCAGCACACUGACCCAGACUUUGCGAACGAUGGAUCUCUCUGUGCUCACGCCCUUCCUGCCGGGCCGGCCUCAGAACUUCGCUAACUUCCUGGAUCAGGCUCUGGGACUACACUGAGUCUGUGCCCAUUUGGACCACCGACGAUGCCCAUCUGCACAGUGGCGGGGGACUCGGGUUCCCUCUGAAGGCAUUUGGUACUCUGAACCAAUGCAGUCCCCAGUCCAGCAGGAGCUUAAACACAUGCAGGCCCGGGGACUUGGUGCCUGAGGUAGCUACUGUACCAGGCUAAUCUGCAAUACAGACAGUUCAGAACAGUGUGUGGGAUUGCUCUGGAAAUGAGCUUUGUGUCAUCACUUCAAGA